GGGACAUUCCCCUUCCUCCCACAAUGACCAUUUCUCUGAUUUUUGACUUGGACAGUUGGACUGUCCAGGCCCCCGGAAGCUCCAGCCAAGGUCCGCCCGCAAAAUAGCAUUUUUGAGGGCCAAAUAUCACAAAAUCUCUGUCCGGGUAUUGCAUUUUUGAGACAUCAUGACCUGGCAGGUCUGUCCGGGUUUUGCAUUUUUGACAGCCUUCAGGGCAGGUCUACAAGAUACAAGUUGUCAAGUGGUGAACCAUAUUCCGACAUGUCCCGACUCGAAUACACGCCCUCAAACGCCUCACAAAACACAGCUUCUCGUCAUCAUGCUUCUCGAAGACCUUAAACAUCAGAUCCGGAAGAUGCGGGGUACCGAAAUUACGCAUACCGACAUUCAGGCUCUUCUUCCUUCUGAAAGCCAGAGAAAGAUUCCUGGUACAAGUAUCAAUGCAUAUGGUGCAUGUAUCGAAGACGUACGUGAAGAUAGAGAUUUCUGUAUAUUCAAUUCAUGGAUUGCACCAAUCGCGUCUGGCCAAGUGAAAUCAGGGGGUGCUUAUGGCACAAUUCACGGUCACGUACAUGCGUCGGUACGUCCUCUGAGCAGUUGCGGAAAAUACGAGAUACUGAGUUGAGUGACAUUCCACUAUUCUCGCGUACUCUCAAGACUUUCGAGCUUCACACUCAUGCACCUGCACAGCAACUUAUUUACCACUUUAAUGGCAAUCCGUUCGCGCAGCAACUCCGCAGUCAUCUUACUUUGACCGCUGAAGCAGGUGCUCGCUGGGCAACACUCUCUCGGCCAUCUGUCAAACGAGUUAUUCUUAAACUGCCACCUACCAUCAAGAUUCCAGCGAGGGGGGCACAAGAAAUGAAGAAAUGAUUUGUAUUUGAUACAUACUAGUAGUAUCAAUUCUAUAUAUGUGCCUCUGUCGC